AUGAUCAUAACAAAGAAAUCGAUAUUAUACCAAUUGAUAUUCCUGCUAGUUUUUCCAGUUGUGUGUCAAUCGAAAAUUAAAAUCAACAUAACAGUAGCUUCGUACAUAAAGAACGUGAUCACUGAAUUCCAAGGAGAAGAUAACAAAGUAGUGACGGACCAUGAAAAAGAACUGUACAAUAUUACACUGGAAAAUCUAAACCGUGGCAUGAGAGUUGAACUUGGCAAAGCACCUGAUAAUCUUUUCUUGAAGGACCCAACACCAUACGGCGAUUUAUACAAACGAUACAAGUGGCCAGAAGUAAAGCGGAACCUGAAAGUAGUUAACGCCGAAAUUGUGGACUUGAUCAGAAAAGAAGGAGUCUUGAAGACACAUGAGCAUGUUAACAAUUCCACAGAAGCUGUGAAAAAGAUAAGGAGUUUAUACGAUUUCGUUGAGAGCAGUGUGUAUUCGUCGUGGUCGAAAACAGGUUUACCAGCUGAAGAAACUUUUUACGACGUUAACGUAAAUUUUGGCGAUACAAAGUUUGUCUAUGAAAACGAGUGGAGAGAUCGAACCCUGAAAAGUACCCUAGUGAAAAUUGGUGUUACUAAAAAAGGCCGCAUCACUGUUAAACCAGGACAAACGGUAGUCACAAAACUAAAAGCUUUCAAAACUAUAAUAACAAUCAAAUUGAAGUACAAAGCGCAGCUUAUUGGCAAUUUGAUUGGUGAUUAUGAAAGAUUGUAUGGAAAGUAUCAUUUUUAUUCACCGAAUAUCAAUAAUAUCAUGGGAGCCGCAGGACUGACCAAUGACAUUGAAACUACUGAAUCUCUUGAAGUGGUUUGCUACUCAGAUCCCUCUCUGCAUGUUUACGAUAGAGAUACAGGAUUGACUGUUAGAUCAGAUACAGUAUUAUGGUUGUUUAGGAGUAAGAAGCGUAAUAAAUCACCAUAAUUGGAAAUAAUUACAAUCUUCUUCUUUAUUAUCAUCGGAAUUAUGAUAAAGCUGUUAAUUAAUAUCAGUGAUAGGGCUCAGGCUUUCUUAAUAGAUUAGGAUCGAUAGACACAGCAGCGGUCCUGAGCCCACCACUUGAGCCCAGUGAGAAUUUGUCAAUGCUAACGACUGAAGGAGGCCGAUACUGAUAAUAAGUCACAUAAACUAAGUUUAACUGGCCAUUGGAGAAAUUGGAGAAAUUGUAACUAAGACGAUCGCAGAUCGAAAGCACUGAACUACCCCUCCUGUAGUGUGUGUACUAGACAUAUGCACACACGCAUCUCUCCCAAUAUAUAAAGCAUUGUAAUAUUAAUAAAUGCUCUCUUUAAUCGCAGUCAGUUGCUUUAUUUAAACGCCCCGAACCGCCAACACUGCA